UCUGGAACACACUGAUCCUCAUAAUCCUUGUUCUUGAGAAAUAUUAAUGACUUAAUCUCCCAAGCUUGCUCCCGCUCCUGUGCAGGCCAUCUCAGUAUGUUUUGCAGACAAGACCCAGAGAAGUCCAGACUGGACUUGUUGCAGACUACAAAACUGCCAUUGGAAGGCCUCUGUCCCAGUCCUUCUACAGAGUAGCCAGUGGGAUUCCCAGCCAUGGGCGAGGUGACAGCAGAGGAGGUGGAGAAAUUCCUGGACUCGAAUAUCGGCUUUGCCAAACAGUACUACAACCUCCACUACCGAGCCAAGGUCAUCUCCGACCUCCUUGGGGCCAAGGAGGCCGCCGUGGAUUUCAGCAACUACCACUCCCCGAGCAGCGUGGAGGAGAGCGAAAUCAUCUUUGAUCUCCUGCGGGACUUUCAGGACAAUUUACAGACAGAGAAAUGCAUCUUCAAUGUCAUGAAGAAGCUGUGCUUCCUCCUGCAGGCAGACCGCAUGAGCCUGUUCAUGUACCGGACCCGCAAUGGCAUUGCAGAGCUGGCCACCCGGCUUUUCAAUGUCCACAAGGAUGCUGUCCUCGAGGAUUGCCUGGUGAUGCCCGACCAGGAGAUCGUCUUCCCUUUGGACAUGGGCAUUGUGGGCCAUGUCGCACACUCUAAGAAGAUUGCUAACGUCCCCAACACAGAGGAGGAUGAGCAUUUCUGUGACUUUGUGGACAUCCUCACAGAGUACAAGACCAAGAGCAUCUUGGCUUCCCCCAUAAUGAAUGGGAAGGAUGUGGUGGCCAUAAUCAUGGCUGUGAAUAAAGUGGAUGGAUCCCACUUCACCAAGAGAGAUGAAGAGAUUCUUCUCAAGUACCUCAAUUUUGCAAAUCUAAUCAUGAAGGUGUACCACCUGAGUUACCUGCACAACUGUGAAACUCGACGUGGCCAGAUACUGCUGUGGUCUGGGAGCAAAGUCUUUGAAGAACUUACGGACAUCGAACGACAGUUCCACAAAGCCCUGUACACAGUCCGUGCUUUCCUCAACUGUGACAGAUAUUCUGUGGGUCUCUUAGACAUGACCAAGCAGAAGGAAUUUUUUGAUGUGUGGCCGGUUCUGAUGGGUGAAGUUCCACCUUACUCUGGUCCCAGGACUCCGGAUGGAAGAGAAAUUAACUUUUACAAGGUCAUUGACUACAUCCUGCAUGGCAAAGAAGACAUCAAAGUCAUCCCGAAUCCACCUCCUGACCAUUGGGCUUUAGUAAGCGGUCUCCCAGCUUAUGUUGCCCAGAAUGGCCUGAUUUGCAACAUCAUGAAUGCGCCUGCAGAGGACUUUUUUGCAUUUCAGAAAGAACCUCUGGAUGAGUCUGGAUGGAUGAUUAAAAAUGUGCUUUCAAUGCCGAUUGUGAACAAGAAGGAAGAAAUUGUUGGAGUGGCCACAUUUUACAAUCGUAAAGAUGGGAAGCCCUUUGAUGAAAUGGAUGAGACGCUCAUGGAGUCUUUGACUCAAUUUCUGGGCUGGUCUGUCUUAAAUCCUGACACCUAUGAGUCAAUGAAUAAACUUGAAAAUAGGAAGGAUAUUUUCCAGGACAUAGUAAAAUAUCAUGUGAAAUGUGACAAUGAAGAAAUUCAGAAAAUCUUGAAAACCAGAGAGGUGUAUGGGAAAGAGCCAUGGGAAUGUGAAGAAGAGGAGCUGGCUGAGAUCCUGCAAGCAGAGCUGCCAGAUGCAGAUAAAUACGAAAUUAAUAAAUUUCACUUCAGUGACUUGCCCCUAACAGAACUGGAGCUGGUAAAAUGUGGAAUACAGAUGUAUUAUGAGCUCAAAGUGGUGGAUAAAUUUCACAUUCCACAAGAGGCCCUGGUGCGGUUCAUGUACUCCCUGAGUAAGGGCUACCGCAAGAUCACCUACCACAACUGGCGGCACGGCUUCAACGUGGGGCAGACCAUGUUCUCCCUGCUGGUGACGGGAAAGCUGAAGCGCUACUUCACGGACUUGGAGGCCUUGGCCAUGGUCACUGCUGCUUUCUGCCAUGACAUUGACCACAGAGGCACCAAUAACCUCUACCAGAUGAAAUCCCAGAACCCACUGGCCAAGCUCCAUGGGUCCUCCAUCUUGGAAAGACACCACUUGGAGUUUGGCAAAACACUGCUCAGAGACGAGAGCCUGAAUAUCUUUCAAAACCUCAAUCGUCGACAGCAUGAGCAUGCCAUCCACAUGAUGGACAUUGCAAUCAUUGCCACAGACCUCGCCCUGUAUUUCAAGAAGAGGACGAUGUUCCAAAAGAUUGUGGAUCAGUCUAAGACAUACGAGAGUGAACAGGAGUGGACACAGUACAUGAUGCUGGAGCAGACACGGAAGGAAAUCGUUAUGGCCAUGAUGAUGACCGCCUGUGAUCUCUCAGCCAUCACCAAACCCUGGGAGGUGCAGAGCCAGGUAGCUCUGCUGGUGGCUGCCGAAUUCUGGGAACAAGGUGACCUGGAGCGCACGGUGCUGCAACAGAAUCCCAUUCCCAUGAUGGACAGAAACAAAGCAGAUGAACUCCCUAAGCUUCAAGUCGGCUUCAUUGACUUUGUUUGCACCUUCGUCUACAAGGAAUUCUCCCGUUUCCAUGAGGAGAUCACCCCGAUGUUGGAUGGGAUCACCAACAAUCGCAAGGAGUGGAAGGCGCUUGCUGAUGAGUAUGAUGCCAAGAUGAAGGUGCAGGAGGAGAAGAAGCAGAAACAGCAGUCGGCCAAGUCAGCAGCCGCAGGAAAUCAGCCGGGAGGAAACCCCAGCCCAGGGGGUGCAACUACAUCCAAGUCCUGCUGCAUUCAGUAACACCACUGGGGAUCUGCUGGCUGGACGGCACCACCCUUUCCUGGGAGGAGAUGACUCAAGCCAGUGGAAGACCACACACCUUGAGAAGUAAAAGAGUCAUAGGAUUGAAUGCUGAUAGAGAAUUUAGCUUCCAGGAGUGUUCAAUCUUUUGGCUUCCCUGGGCCACAUUGGAAGACGAAUUGUCUUGGGUCACACAUAAAAUACACUAACACUAAUGAUAGCUGUUGAACUUUAAAAAAAAAAAAUCGCAAAAAAAAAAAAAUCUCAUAAUGUUUUAAGAAAGUUUAUGAAUUUGUGUUGGGCUGCAUUCAAAGCCGUCCUGGGCUGCAUGUGGCCCACGGGCUGUGGGUUGAACAAGCUUGGCUUAUACCUUAUCCAGUGGCUUUUAAACGUUUAGUCUUGAGAACUGCCUAUUGAGCUAAACCAAUUUUCUAGCUUUCAUAGACAUCAACUAAACAUUUAAUUACAUUUAAUUAAUGCCAGAUUCACUGGCUUGCUUAGAAUCAUUUUUGUUCUUUUACUUUCAGUUAAUGUAUUGUAAAAAUUUUCAACCAUUUUCAAAAGUAGAGAAUUGUACGUUGAAUCCCCACAUACCUAUCACCCAGAUUCCAAUAUCAAGAUUUUGCUACAUGCAUUUCGUCUGUCCUUUUUACAUUUCCUUUUCAAUUUUUUUUUCUUCCUGAAGUGUUUAAAGGCAAAUCCUGGCUGGUCGUGGUGGCUCACACCUGUAAUCCCAGCACUUCAGGAGGCUGAGGCGGGCCGAUUGCAUGAGCCCAGGAAUUUGAGACCAGCCUGGGCAAAAUGGCAAAACCCUGUCUCUACAAAAAAUACAAAAAUUAGCCAGGUGUGCUGGCACUCACCUGUAGUCUCAGCUACUUGGGAGGCAG